CAAUAUAGAGAUCUAUCCAACGAUGUAUCUUCAUGGAGUAUAAAUCGUCAGCUUUGGAGAUUACAGAAUGAAAUAUCAUGGGCAAGGGUUAGAUGGAAAUCCAUUCAGGUACCACCAUUUGAAGAACAAUUCGUUAUUUCGAAAAAGGAGGAAGAGAUUUUCAUUGUAUAUUCGGUACCUAAAUUGAGUCAAGACUCUUCAACAGUGAAAGAAGGUAGGGUUACAGAGGCCACAAAUUCUGAAGAGAUAGUUGUAGCUGAAGAAUUGAUUGCUGAUUCUGAUGAGUUGACUCCGAUUGAAGAAAAAGAAGCUUCAACCACUGCUGUAGUCAAAUCAAUUCCUUCCCCUGUCAUUAAAGUGGGUGAUUCUUCAGAUGUGGAUGACAUCGAUGAAUCUCUCGAGGUGGACUUCAUUUCCCAUUUUUCUUUGUUGAAGAAAAAAAUGCAGAUACACUUGAUGGUUUGAGUUUACAACUUGAACAUGUGGAAUGUUUGAACGAUUUUUUCUUUCUCCACAACAAAAUUCUAGAUGGAUGUUUACACAUAGGGAGGCACAGGAAUUGUUUCUUCAUACAUGGAGCAGUGACAAGUCACAUAAAAACGUAUUUGAUCGUGGAAAAGGAAUUGAAAUUCAUCAGGGGUUUUCUCAUUUUGUGGAUGAUUUUAAAUUCUGUUUUCUGAAUUCCUUGCUUCUUGGAAUUGUCUAUGAUGUUGAACUUGCUGGUGAAUGGUAUUUGGUUGCUGAUUUGUCAAAUAGAACUGGAUUUUUGUUUCUUUUGUUGGCUAGAAUAUUUCAUAUUGGGAGAGCUUGUCAGUUGCUAGUUCAAAUGCUUGAGAUGACGGACGACGCUAUUCUGGUUUUGCAGCUAGAAUGUGAUUUUCUUCUUGAUAUUAAAGUUGGCGUUGAUACUAAUACUUCUUGUGAGCUGGUUCUUGUUGGGCCAAUUAUAAUGGAUAAUUACACAUCUGAAGUUGUUUAUCAGCUUAUUUCAAAACAAGGGUACGAAUUCAUUACACAUAAUGAAUUUUUGUUCAAGGUCAUGAGUGGCUUAUACAUGCAGAAGAGAGCAGGAAGAGAUUUUUUUUUGUAUUAUGGUUGUUUUGCAGUUUGCAAUCUCAAAGUUCAACGUGUACAGCCAAACCCAUUCAGUACUUCGACGGCCUUCGCACAUGAUUUUUAUCAAAUGCACCCUUUUCACCUUAUGUGCUUACCGUGUUUCGUCGCGAGUGAUGGAGUUUACAUACCAGCAGAUAAGUUAACUUCCCAACUUCCCCAAGUAUUGAAUUCCGCAGGUGAUCUUGAAUAUUAUUGUUGUAUCCCAUUAUGGAUCUUGAAUGGGGAAGAAGACAAUAUCCUCUUGUCUAUUUUGCAAAUGUUUUUCAUGAGGAAAUACUCAUAGUUGUUAUUGAUAGACAAGGUGAUCAACUCCAGAUUUUUGUGAAGAAGAUUAACAUUCUUGCAGUGCUUAUAUUCCCAGUUCACGCCAUUGCUACAACUCAAAUUUAUCUUUCAAGAAUCAGGUUCUUUUUGCCCUUUCCCCUGCUUCUAAAUGCAGUCUCUGGAAGUUUUUUCAUUCUUGAGAAAGUUGUGCAGAAGAAUUUACAUUCCACUUUGAUUUGUUUGCACACAUUUUACUGGGAUAUACUUCUUACUUCAUGCUGCCAUCAAUUGCUGGAGGUUGGCGCUGGUAUACAUGAACAUGAAGAGGUCUUCCUCCCUGUGAUUCAACUUCUCAAUGUCUUAUUGAGAAUUGAGUUCUUACGGUGGAAAUAUAAAUUGUUUUCAACUGGUUGGUGGAGUAUUAUGUUCUGUGACACUAGGAUUCGUCAUCAAAUUUCUACAAACUUUAUAGCCAAGCUCAUCUGUGUACUGCUGGAAAGGAUUAAUCAGUUUGAAUCUGCUAUUGGAUAUGCAACUAUAUCAUCUUUCCAGCAACUUUCUGCUCUCACAUUUCUUGUAAUGCCCACUGGUGUCAUGAAGUUGUAUACAGAAGUGUUUGAGCUGCUAACGGUUGAAUUGGGGCUUACCACCAAGUAUUUUACUUCUGAUCAGUUUCUGGCAGACCUGUGUGAUAACUUGGUUGGGAGUUUAGUGUGGCAACAGAAUUAUGGUAAUGCUGAUAUUCUCUUGCAGUUUCUACUUGACUUACAUAAUGCUUCACACGAGUCCUACAACACUAUUCAAGCUCUUCUUAGCCAACCAGGUACUAAUGCAAUUCAAUAUCAUCCUCGUGAUGUUUCUUUCACUUUUAUAUAUUUUCUAGCAUGCUACCAUCGCUUGUUGGGAGUUUGUAGAGAGUCAACAUACUUGGACAGGAGUACGGGUGUCGGUCAGGCUAAUGAUAUUUGUUACUGAUUAUUUCCAAGGAAUUUACAUAUCAAUUGGUGCUUAAAUUAUCAGUGCCCAAAAUUGUUAGAACUCAAUGGUGUUAUUGGGAAAUUAGUCCUUGUCAGCGUCCUAAGUUGCUUACAUCUGAAGUCUUUUGGAAAAUGAUACUACAAGAGAGAGUUAAGUUGACAGUUGAGCACUUAGGUUGGAGUUGUAUGAACAUAUAUUUUUAUGUUAGGAAUUUUCCUUCUGGAUGUAGCCAAGUUAAGGCUCCUUUGUGCUCAACCGGGAAGAAUCUGGACUCGACAUAUUCUCCUAUAAAGAUGAUGGAAAUCCCAUUUUCGCUUACUGUGAUUCCACAUGGGUUGAAUAUAGAAAAAAUGGUUGGAAUUAAAGUCUUGCUCUUGGUAACUAAGAUUCUACACAAGUUGGUGAGAGUAGAAUACUUAAGGUGGAAAUUCAUAAGGGGCUCAUUUUGCACUUUCCAUUACCUACACCUGUGAUUUAUGGAGCUAUUAGUGUUGCCAAGACAGUUAAAAUGGUGAAUCCAAAUUCUGUUAUGAUUGUUUUGCGGACUUCAGCUCAUAUUCAACAUGAGUAUCUUUACUACCACCACCUGUGGUUUAUGGGGUUUCAACCAGUGCAGCGUUAUUUCAAACUAGAGUUUGAUGGCGGGAUAAUGGCAUUUCCAUUCAGGCUCAUAGUGGUUCACAAUCCAAAGGUAUUCCUAACAAUACAUCAAGCUGCAAGUAAGAUGCACGGUAGUACUGUUUACCUUAGGAAAAUGUCAAAAAUGUCAGGUCCACUGGUUGAUUUUGCGGAGAACACAUGCAUUGCAUUCUGCAAGGAAGGAGACAGUUGGUUAUUGGGCCUGGUUUUGGAAGAGUGUACGAGCCUCACAUGUGUAUUCAUUGGCAUUUUGUUACUGUGCUUCUCAUGUGUAUUCCAGAGGGCUACGACGACCACAAGUGGAGGGGAAUCUAUCGACUACAGACACAAUUGGUGCUUCUCCAGGUACAACAGACGCGAUCUCCUCAACUUUUAGUGUUUCACUCAACUUCCAUCCUUGAGGACAAGGAUGUUUUCAAGGGGAGUGGAAUGUCACAGUGUAGAAUGUAGGGGCUGCCAGGAUGUGUGUCAUUAGUAGAUAUUUAGGAGUUCCCAUAUAAUACUACGUGUUUGUCUUUAGUAAUAUUCAGUCAGGUGUAAUGGUUGGUUUAGAUUAGCCCAGCUGGAGUGUUACUAGCCGUUGGAUAUCGAGAGAGUGACCUAGUUUAUAUAAUCAGUGUCUGUAAUGAAACUUUUAUCCAAUUUAUGAAAAUACAUUUUCUGAUCGUUAAUUC